UCGAAACCAUAUAAGGAUGAAAAAAGGAAAAAGAUAAAAAAAAAGGCACAGAAAAACCCUAAAUCAAUCUUUCAGAUUUCAGACAGCUGCUUCUCUUUGACGAGCAGCUUUGAGCCUUCUCACGGCUUCUUCGACAUUUAGGGAACCCACCAAGCCUUCUCACGCCACUGUUGAUCGAAGAUUGGUUGCUCAACUUGCUCUUCUACAGUCUCGAACAGAGAGUCUCAGACAUUGCGAACACAUCAAGCCUUCUCAAAUUCAACAGAAUAUCAGGAGAUAAUGGCCGGAAAAUCAGUAGAGUCUGUAGCAAAAGCUGUUAGAGUGUACCAGUAUCCAUUGCGAGAGAAGUUGGCGAAGUACAAGGAUGAGCUCUCUAAGGGCGUUUGGGGCUACUGGGAGCUUGGGGCAUGGAAACCUCUUGCCAUCAGUGCACGCCGUCGAGCCCGCCUCCGCAAAGAAACUUUACUUGCCGGAGAAGAUUGGCCAUACGAUCCAGCAAGGAAAGAGAUGAAAACCAAAAGGAAAGGGCAUAAGCAUGAUAGGAUAGCAGCACAGAAGCGGGCCAAUACUGUUGAAUUAAUGCAGAAAAUGCCGCAAAUGUUGGCAGAUUACAGAAGGAGAAAGUGGGAGAAGAAGAUGAAUGAAGAGGAUGCCAAGGCUAGUAAAAAAUAGGUCCCAUUUUACUCUUUCCCUUUUCAAACCAUUUUUCUUUGUGGACUAAUUUGCUUGCUUGAUGAUGUUGCCGAUCAUGUACCGCGCAUUUCAUUAGAUGGUCCUGUUCUUAUUUUCUCCUUUUUGAGUCAUCAGUUAGUAAUUUCAUGCUGAAUUGGAAAAUCUUGUUCUUUUGAUGGAUGGACCUUGCAAUAGAACAGGUUUUUAGAAACAUUAACCGAAUUACCAUCGUCCUCAUUUGAAA